CAUAUCCAACUUUGUCUCUCCUCUCUUUGCUUCCUCUCUUUCUCUUCUUAGUUCCAAUUCUCUAUUGUCACUCCCCAAAGAUCAAACCCUCCGAUCCAACCAGAAGAUAUCACUAUUCUUCUUCUUAUCAUCAUCAUCAUCAUCAUUCCAUCAUAUUUAUUAACUAUUUUCCUCAAACGCAGAGAUAAAUAUACACACAUAUAUAUACAUCACUACAAGUACCAUGUCUUGCCUUGAGAUGUAUAGCACAAAGAUGAAAAAGAGAGAAGAGAAGGAGGAAGAAGAAGAAAGCACGAGAGAUGGAACUGUGGAUUGGGAUGGUCGUCCUGCUCUUCGUUCCAAGUCCGGACAAUGGGUCGCUGGCUCUGUCAUUCUCCUGAACCAGGGGCUUGCCACGUUGGCGUUCUUCGGGGUGGGAGUGAAUCUGGUGCUGUUCCUGACGCGCGUUCUGCAGCAGAAUAACGCAGACGCGGCCAACAACGUUAGCAAAUGGACAGGAACUGUCUAUAUCUUCUCUCUUGUCGGAGCCUUUCUCAGCGAUUCCUACUGGGGCCGUUUCAAGACCUGUGCCAUCUUCCAAGUCAUCUUCGUCGUGGGUUUGAUGUCACUGUCACUGUCUUCUUACCUCUUCCUGAUCAGACCGAAAGGUUGUGGAGAUGAACUCACUCCCUGCGGUUCGCACACGACAAUGGAGAUCUCUCUGUUUUACUUCUCGAUCUAUCUGGUCGCGUUGGGGAACGGAGGUUACCAACCCAACAUUGCCACGUUCGGAGCCGAUCAGUUCGACGAGGAAAACCCGAAAGAAGGUUACUCCAAGAUCGCCUUUUUCAGCUACUUUUACUUGGCCUUGAACCUCGGAUCUCUCUUCUCGAACACAAUCCUCGGGUAUUUCGAAGACGAGGGCUUGUGGGCACUCGGGUUUUGGGCGUCAACUGGCUCGGCCCUCGUGGCAUUGAUCCUCUUCAUGAUGGGAACCCCUCGGUAUCGCCAUUUUAAACCGAGCGGAAAUCCUCUCUCGAGGUUUUGCCAGGUCUUGAUUGCCGCCGUGAAGAAAUGGACGGUGGAGAUUGAUUCGGGGCAUGGAAGAGAGGACCUGUAUGAUGGAAAUAGAGAUGAUAAAAAGACGUCGAAUGGAGCUAGGAGGAUAAUGCACACUGAUGAGUUCAAGUUCUUGGACAAGGCAGCUUACAUAACGGCGAAAGAUCUGGAAGAUCAGAAACAGGGAAGAGUGGAUCCAUGGCGGCUAUGUCCAGUGAAUCAAGUGGAGGAAGUGAAAUGCAUUCUGAGAUUGAUGCCCAUCUGGCUCUGCACCAUCAUCUACUCUGUCGUCUUCACCCAGAUGGCAUCUCUCUUCGUCGAGCAAGGUGCGGCCAUGAAGACGACUGUCGGGAACAACUUCAAGGUCCCACCUGCAAGCAUGUCAAGCUUCGAUAUACUGAGCGUUGCAGUGUUCAUAUUCCUGUAUCGUCGAGUUCUUGACCCGCUGGCUAGUCGGUUCAGGAAAAAGGACGGGUCGAGGGGACUUACCGAGCUUCAGAGGAUGGGCAUUGGCCUCGUGAUCGCUGUUGUGGCCAUGUUGUCUGCCGGAAUCGUCGAGUGCUACAGGCUCAAGUAUGCAGACAAGGCUUGUACUCACUGCGACGGCUCGAGCUCCCUCAGCAUCUUCUGGCAGGUACCUCAAUACGCGUUGAUCGGAGCAUCGGAGGUGUUUAUGUACGUGGGUCAGUUGGAGUUCUUCAAUGCGCAAGCUCCGGAUGGACUGAAGAGCUUCGGGAGUGCAUUGUGUAUGAUGUCGAUGUCGAUGGGUAACUUUGUGAGCAGCUUGUUAGUGACAAUGGUGAUGAAGAUCUCGACGGAGGAUCACAUGCCCGGUUGGAUCCCGAGGAAUCUCAACAAGGGUCACCUAGACAGAUUCUACUUCCUCCUCGCUGUCCUGACGAGUGUAGAUCUGGUUGUGUAUGUUGCUUGUGCAAAGUGGUACAAGUGCAUUAAACUAGAAGGAAAAGACGGAACACGAGACCAUGACAACGAUGACGACGACGAUGAUGAGAGUGAUGAGGAGCAAGAAGGGGAUUCAAGGGUUUAAUGUCUGUGAUGAGAUAUGCCUUUGUUUUUUUUUUUUCCGGGUGUUGUUAAAGCAAAAAUGAUGAAUAAAGAAGCAAUCAGAUUAGUCUUUUUACAAAGAUGAA